AUGGACUGAUUCAGCAGCAAACACGUGGACAGGCAUCGUAACACACUGAAAACUCAUAAAAACUGUCUUUUUGAAAGGACUGCCUUUGUGACCGUUAUCUCUUAAGAUUGAUAUGAAAUUGAUCAGUAAUCUCUCAGUUUGUGAUUAUCUGUGGGUGGCCUGAUUAAUGUACAUGACAGGAGUCUUCCAGCUAGAGCGAAUGCUCUGAAUGCCUAGCAUCGAUUAAAAUUUAUAUAUAUAAUUGCUAGCUCUAUUUUGAGAAAUUCUUUCUUUCAUUUACGCUCAGAGACACCACAACGAUGAGCAAAAAGACCAAGAAAACCAACGUCAACUUUGGCAUUAGAUGUCCUAUCUGCGGUCAGCAGUACGAACAGAAGGGAAUAGAUAAGCAUAUGCAUUCUUAUUUCCACCAUGAAGCAUUUGAGAAGAUCAAGGGCAGUGAACAGCUGCAUAAGUGUUGGGCAUGUGAUGUAUCUGUGAUGGGACUAGAGCAGUACAAGGAGCAUAUUGCCGCCCACAAGCACACGCAAAAUCUCUUUAAACUCCAAGAUAAAAGACAUAAAAGAAAACCUUUUAAAGCGGACUACAAUAUUGACCUAAAUGAUAAUGAAUUAAAAGCCCGUUUUGAUCUAAGACAGCAAGACAGGAGAGAAAAAAAAGAUCUGGACAAAUGUUCUGUCUGCCUUCAUCGUUUCCCUGAACAGGAGUGGGACAAACAUAUGCACAGUUUUAUCCACCAUAAGACAGCUGAGCAACUGAAGGGCAGUGAACACGAGCAUAAGUGUUGGGCCUGCGAAAUGACUAUGACAGGAAUAGCAGUGUUUCGGAAGCAUAUUUCCACCCAAAAUCACAAAAUGAAGCUAUUGGAAUUGACGAAGAAUAGAAAACUUGGAAAAAAUACAGUGGACUACAGUGUUGAAUUUAAUGAGCUUAAAGACCUUUGUGCCCAAAGAGACCAUAAAAGAUUUAUGAAAAAGAAAGAGAAAAUGGAGAAGUGGAAAGAAGCAAAAAGGCAGAAGACAAUGAGGUUCAUUCAGAUAAGAAGCACAGCUGAGAACGAGCAUUGUACAACACCUUUCAUGGUGAAUGAGGAGUUCGAAGCUGACCAGUUGCCACCAUCAUGCCAUUUCAUGUCCUUUUGGGAAAAUCAAAAUGACCAUCCAGCAUCUAUCCAGCAUAACCAAAACCUGCCUACACCGAGACAAGAGAGCAUACUUGAUAUGGACAGAUCAAAUGGGCCGCUUGUGAAAAGGCCUUGUCUUGAGAGACCAUCAGAAAAUAUUCCUCAGGAAAUGUCUGCUCAUGGCACUCGUCCCAACCGUGAUGGAACAGGUAAAGAUGUUUGUGUGAACGACGUGACUCCAGGAACUGAAUGUGGUGCUGCUGCUGAGCCGACAUGUGCCCAUGGACUGGUCCAAAGCAGGAUGGAGGCCAACAUACCCAACUUGACAGCAGCAAGGGGAGUUUGUUUAACACGGAAGGCAGCAACUGGGAAUGAAGCUGUUGUUCUUAAUCCUCCACUACACACUUGUUCCAAAAAGUCUAUGUUGAAAGUAAACAGAGCGGCGUCAGAGAGUGAACAGGGCAUGACCAGAGAAUGCAUGAGUGGACAAGAACCAUACGCAGAUUCUCUUCCGCCUGUAUCUGUCCCGGCUGAGAUGUUCGAAAGCCAGGCUUCAGAAAAUGAGUUGGAGAUUGUUGAAAACGUUCGGCCUAAUACUGCGCAUGUUCAGAAAAACAAAUCAAAUGCGUGUGAGACAGAACAGGGAGAAACAUCACUGGAGCAUCACCGCAGCUUUGAAGCCAUCUCCUGCAACGUCCAGAAAACCAAGACAAAAAAACAAGACGAUUCACAUGAUCUGAAUCCUGAGACAAACAACAAAAUAUCCCGAAAAAGAAAAGUGAAUAAGUUGAUAUCGCUGUCUUUGAAAGAAGAGGAGUUCACCAGCUCUUUGGAGAAUGUAGGUGAGCAGCUGUUCCAGGCGUACUCCACCCUGCAGAGCGCAUACACAGAAGUUCAGCGUCUACUAGCUGUUAAACAAGAGGUAACCUCAGAAAUGGCCUCGCUCAGGGAAAAGCGCAUAAAGAUUCUGCAGGAUAUGAAGAAUCCUGGUGACCAGCAGGAGAUGCUAAAUGAAUCUUGACAGCUGUGUGAACCUCUGAUGAAAGGAUUGGUCUUCAGCAGCCCAAUGAGCCUCACAGAGCAGCUGUAAUACAGGACCUACUCCCAGAAGUAUCUGAUGCUGAACAUACCUCUCGGUGCACAAAAUUGAGCUCUGUGAGCAAGUACUGCAUUGCAAAGCCCAUAACUGCACUAUUAGAACAGACUUUAAUUCUAGUUUUAUAGUAGUUUUACGGCAAAUCACAUUGGAUUAUGUAUUAAUUUGAUUCAACAGAUGCAGAAUAUUUCUAAAAGAAAAAAAAUGCUCUGAUUCUGGCAUGAUAAAAUGUCAUUUCUAUCUUGACAUGCUUGCCUACAGUUUUGAAUAAAAGGACAUAAAAGGAGAUGUUACAGAGUCCAGCAAAGCCUCCAUCCAUCUGAUGAUUCAGGUCAGUUAAAAGAUUUUCAGAACAGCAAUUAAGUUUGCUUACAAGACUACAUACUAGCAUAUUCAUUCAGACUUGCUCUCAGAGGUUUAUAGUUGUUCUAUUCAUAGGAAUCUGAAUAAUAUUUUAAAAUGUUCAAAACAUUUGGUUGUUUUUAUCAUCUGUGUUCUUGCUACUCCAGCACAAGAAGUUUUGUUCAUACUCACGGUUCAUCAUAUGUUUGUCCUUUGCUAGCAGUCAUGACACACAUCUAUUGUACUGUUAUGUGCUGUUUGAUUAUGCUUUGCAAAUCAUGGCUAUGGUUUUACAAGGAUGGGUUCAAAUGAGUGUCGUUUUAGGCAUGACAUUUAAUAUGACAGCAUUCUGUCACCUUAAAGGGAUAGUCGACCAAAUAAGUGCUUUUUCCUAGACAUAAAUGAGCCGUCAUGGUCCGUUCAGAAACUCAUAAUCAAUCCAGUUUGUUCUAGACCAGCAUUUGCUGAAGAAAGAAGCUGCAGUGGUGUACAGUACAAUUGAUUCGGAUCCAGACCUUUCUCCACUUAAUGGAAGUUGAAAAUGGGAAAAGACCACUCACUUUCCACCAGGCUGACCUUAUAUCUGUGUUUGUGUCUUUAGGCAUACAUGGUCAGUUGAAGCCACUGUGUAUAUAGUUAAGAAAACAGAAACUUUUUAGAGUGUAAAUAGCAGUGAUCAGUACAAAUAUGAUUAACAAUCAUGCUGCUUGUAAAUGUUUAUUCUGUUAAUAUUCAAUAACAAAUUAAGAAAAAA